UCGUGUGCGCAUUUACACCACCAGAGGGCAGCAGAGGACCGCAAGAUGACGCACCACAAGGUUGUCCACUUUCAUUCUAUUUCAACUUUGUGAACUGGUUCUGCGCUUUGCCAGGGUUUCGGUUUGAAAUUAUGGUCUUAAAUGAGAUAUAGGGUUUUAAAUGUGGUCUUUCAAAAAAAGGUAAGAGUAUCAAACAAGGUUAGGAUUCUAAAUGGUGGAUUCCAAAUUUGUCAAAUACUUUGACUCAAUCACUUAAAUUAAAUUAGAUAAAGUAGACUUGUGCUCGUGAACGCAUCUCCGCUCUCCCACCGCCCAUGAAUGCAGCACGGAGUGUUGAAGCGAUCCAUGGCAACAGGAGCGCAGCAGCAGCAGCAGAGCUCGGCCAGAGGCUGAAGCUGAAGCUCGGGGUGCUGCGUCCGUCCAAUACGCUCUCCUACAAGCCAGUCUCGUGCACGCGCACACGCGCUUGCGCACACUCAAACGCACCUCCAUGUAGCUGCGGAGUACCGACGAGGGGACCAAUCCGGCUCUACGGCUCCUCAUUUGGGGCUCCAAGGUGACCGACCGCGGAGGUGGGCAGCCAGACGGCAGCCAGACGGCAGCCCGACUUCCGCUGCACGUCAGCGGCAGCCCACAUCUCCAUCAAGCAUCUGAAGCAUCAUCGUGAAGAUGGCGACUGGGUCGGGUUGGCAGCAGUAUUACUGCCCUGCCGGUCAAGGGAAAUAUCCGCCGCCGUCGUCGUCGACCACAUCCACGACCACAACCUCCUUCCAGUCCGGUCUGGCCAUGGAAUAUACCCAAGACCUGCACCUGAAGAUGAGCAAGAAGAUCGCCCAGCUGACCAAGGUGAUCUACGCACUCAACACCAAGAACGACGAGCACGAGGCGGCCAUCGCCACCCUGAAGGAGGCUCACGAGGAGGAGGUGCAGCAGAUCCUCUCUGAGACCAGGGAGAAGAUUUUACAGUAUAAGAGCAAGAUCAGCGACGAGAUGGACCUGAAGAGACGCAUCCAGUCCCUGGAGGAGUCCAUGGAGCUGCACGAGAGGAUGAAGAGGCAGGCGCUUGCCGAGUUUGAUAACUACCGGCAGAGGGUGGAGGACCUGCAGCUGUGCACCGAGGCUCAGCACACCCAACGGGUGGUGUCCAUGGCGCGCGAGGUGGAGGAGAUGCGGCGCUCGUUCGAGGAGAAGCUGCGCACCUUCGGCCAGGCGCAGGCGCAAUUCGAGCAGGAGAAGAAGGCGGCGCUGGAGGAACUGAAGGGUCAACACCGGCAGGAGGUGCAGGAGCUCCUCCGAAGCCACCAGAGCCACAACGCCAACUACAGCAAAGACCAAGAGAAGCUGGGCCAGCUCCACAAAGCCGAGGUGGAUUCUCUGACAGAACGAGUCGAAGAACUCAAGCAGGACAAGAAGAGACUUGUGGAUGAGUAUGAGGCCAAACUCAGCAAGGCUCAGGCCUUUUACGAGCGCGAACUGGAGGCCAUGAAGCGAACGCAGCAGCUGACGGCCGACAACCUUCUAGCGUGGAAGCGCACCGAGGCCGAGCUGCGCCGCGAGUUUCAGACGCAGGAGGCGGCGCUGCAGAAGACUCUGGGCAAGCUCCGGACCGAGCUGGCCCGCGUCAGCGAGGAGGCUCGCGAUCACCGCGAGCGCUCGCACAAGCUGCAGGCCUCGCUCGCCGCCUCCGAGAGUGCCGUCAAGGAGCUGAGCAAGCAGCUGGACGAGGUGACGCAGAAUUCCGAGAUUGUGGAGAUCCGCCAAAAGGAGGCCGAGUGCGAGCUGGAGGCGGCCCGGGAUCGAGUCCAGCAGCAGGCCACCGAGAUCCUCCUCAAAGCCAGUCAGAUCAGCAGCCUGCAAGCCACCCAGAUGACUCAGGAGGCGGCCGUGCGGGACCUGGACAACGAGCGCAGCCGUCUGAAGGAUAAAGUGCUGAGGCUGGAGGAGGAACGCGAGGCGCUCCACACCCAGAGCCAAGCGCUGGACGAGAGGCACAAGCAACAACUGCAGUCCCUGCACAAGACGCUACGCGAGGAGAAGGCGGCUCACGAGAAGGACAUGAACGGCCUGCGAGCUCGCUACGAAGAGGAAAGCGGCCUGAGCAAGGAGAACCAAGCUCGGGUUCUGGACGAGGUGGCCAAGAAGCACCGGGCCGCGCUGGAGAGCGCGCUCGGCGGAGCGGAGAAGGACAAAAACAGACUCUUGGCUGAGCUGCAGCAGCAGUUUGAGCAAGAGCGCCGCACGCUGGAGGAACAGAGGAACCUCCUGCAAAUGCAGCUGGAGCAGCUGAGGGAGGAAAUGAGCUCCAAGCUCGACGCCGCCGACCAAGAGGUGCGGCGUCUGCAGGAGGAGGUGGAGCGCGGCGAGAGGGAGAUGAGCGCGGCCGAGGGCCAGAUAGCCACCAUGAGGCAGGCGCAGGACAAACUGCUGGAGGAGCUGGACGCCACCAGGGGGCGACUGAGGGAGACUAGCAACCUCCUCACCGCCCUGCAGGGCGAGCUGGAGGUCCAAACACGACAACAUGAAGCCAAAGUCAUCACCACCAAAGAGGAAGAGAAACAUAAGAUGGAUAAGAUGGCUUUGGAGCUGGAACUCAAGUGGACCGAGACCCUCAGGCAAGAAUGCAAGAAACUGCGCGAGGAGCUACGAGAGGAGCACGCGGCGGACAAAGCGGCCGCCUUGAGCCAGCUGGCCCAAAGCAAAGAGCAAGAGAUGAGCAACUCCCGAGAGAGCUGGCAGAGGAAAGUGGACGACCUGCUGGAACAGAUCUCCUUGCUGAAGCAGAGUCUGGAGAUGCAAUUGUCGCAGUCGCAGUCGUCGCUGCAGCAGCUUCAGCAGCAGUUCAGCCAGGAGCGCGAGCACCUGCGAACGCAGCUGGACGAGCUGCAGACGGAGCACCAGCGCAGACACCAGCGGCUGCACGAGGCUCAGUGCUGCGCCCUGCAGGACGUCGAGCACGCCCGCCAACGAGAUAUCAAGGACCUGGAGGAGCGCCUCCGUCAGCACCAUCACGCCGAGCUCCAGUCGCUGCGAGAGGCCCACCGGCACAGCGUGGAGACCCUCAAGCAGCAGUCGGAGCAGGAGCUGCAGACGCUACGAUUCGAGCUGGAGGAUGAGGGCAAGGCCAUGCUGGCAUCUCUUCGGUCGGAGCUGAACCACAUCCACGCGUCGGCCAUUGAGCACCUGCGGCAAAACCACCAACAGGAAGUGACGGCCGUCAAGAAGGAACUGGAAAAGACGGUGGAGAAAACCUGCCUUCAGGAGCGCGAGCUGCUGGGCCGCAUGGCCGAGCUGCAGGAGGAGGCGACGCGGCGGAAGAAGCACAUCGCUCAGCUGGACCACCAAAUCCACACGCUCAACGAGAACAUCAGCAGCCUUACCAAGGAGCUGGAGCUCAAAGGCAAGGAGGUGCUCAAGAUACGCAGCGAGGCCAACCAGCAGAUCAGGGCUCACGAGCAGGAGCUGCAAAAACGUCACGAGCGAGAAGUGUCGGAGAUGAACGCCGCCCACAGCAGAGACACGCACAACAUGUUGGCCGACUUCAACAAGGCGCAGGAGGUCCUCAAGGAUAAGAUCUCGGCCCUGCAGAUUCUGCUGGAAGGCACCGAAGAUAAAUUCCGGAACAGGGAAAGUCGCCCCGAGGAUCUGCAGAUGAUCGCCGAGCUCAAGGAUAUGGUGUCCGAGAGGGAAUCACUCGUCAAGAAGCUGGUGGACGACAAGAAGUUCUACCAGCUGGAGCUGGUCAACCGAGAGAGCAACUUCAACAAAGUCUUCAACGCCAGUCCCAACGUUGGCGUCAUCAACCCGCUCAUCAAGCAAAAGCGAAAGAAUGAGAAAGCGGCGGCGAGCAGAUUCGGCAGCCCCGCCGGUUUCAGGGUUCUGGAGGCAGCCGGCUCGGGCCCGGCGGGCGGCCCGCCGCCGCCGCCGCCACCUCCGCCGCCGCCCCCGGCCCAGCCCGGCCGCCUCGAACCCCUUCCCCAUUCCCCCCUCCUCCUCCAUCACCUCGAGCUGAACGCCAACAAACCUCUUCCCCCGCCGCCGACCCCUCCCACAGAACCCAAGAAGUUCACGAGCCCUCCUGAGACAAAGGACGUGGCCAUGGACCUUCCGGACGCUCAGCGACAAGAGUGGUUCGCUCAGUACUUUUCCUUUUGAAUGACAACACGCACACACACGCACAUACACGAACCCGCAGAAACAAACGCACCAGGAUUCAGCAGCAUGUCAGCCAAACUUAAGAAAAAUGUCUGGAUAUAAACUACAACAACAAAAAAAAAAAGAGAAAGAAAAUGUUUGUUUUCUAUAUUGUGUAAAAAAAAAAGAAAAGGCUCGGUUCUGUUUAUUAUUGGCAGCUUGAGAAGAUGAUGUUGUUCAUCUUGAGGUCUACGUACUAGUGUGUUCUUUUUCCAGUAGCACGCCUGUGUCUUGCUGGUAACCUUUUCUCCACUACUAGUACCGCUUUUUGACCUACUAGCAGUCUGCAAUCAAACCUUAAUGUGCUGUAUUGCGACCAGGCCAAAUGAUUGGGCAUGGACCAAAAUGCCCACUAGUAGUUUUACCUCACUAGGAACGUGCUUGUCCAACUAGUAUGCCAAAGUUGUCUUACAAAUGUCCAAAAAUGUCAGUCAUGGAAAAAAAAGUUACUAGUAUGACAGUCGUUCUACUUGCCCUCUGAAAUGUUUCAGUAUUGGGGAUAAAGAAUGUACUAGUACCUGGGCCGAAAAAGUCCCUGUAGAGUGAGAGUCUUCUAUAUUGGACAACAAAAAAUGGGAAGCUUCACUCUACAGGGUCUUCAAGACGGAUUUAAGGAGAUGGAAUAAAUGCUCAAACUGUUUGUAUUUUGAAAUCAAGGAUAUGGAAUGAAUGCUCGACACUCGCAUUUGUCAUCUUCUAGUUUGGAUGUUUUAGUUUGUCAUUUUCAUCAUUACCAGCGUUUCGUUUUGGGGGGCGAGGGAGCGUGUCCAAAUGAGAAGUAGACGUGCGUGGGGUGUAGAGGUCCUUGUUCUUCUCUGUGCGUUACAAAAAAGAAAUCCAAUAAUAGUCAUAAGAUGAAAAGAAAAAAAAGCUGCCUUUUUGUUAAACGCCAGAUAAGUCGGUCCGUUUUAGGGGGUAUCAUCCUCGUGAUAGAUGAAGAUGGUGAUCUUUUUGGUAGACUGCAAAACUCUUGUUUGUAUGCUCGUCUGUCCACACAGAUACAAUGAUGUCUCACAGAUUUUAAGAGCAAAAAUAGCGUUUUAUAUUUAUAUUAUAAUGUGGAUGCUUAUUAAAUGAUUAUUGUGACAUUUA